AUUCAUUUCACUACUGUCCUCAGAACAACUACAACGACGACUCAUGAGAUAGUGAGGCAGAGGGUCCGACGCAGCGAGGAUGGAUAGACAGGUCUUGGAUUGUCUGGAAGGUACACUUUCCCCAGUUGAAGAGAUCCGAAAAAAUGCAGAACAACAGCUCGAGCAAUUGUUCUUACAUCCAGAGGGAGGUCUGUCAUUAGCUAGGAUACUUCUGAGUCCGGACAUCGCAUUCUCUCAAAGACAGUCUGCUGGCGUCCUCCUCCGUCGGUACGUAAGUAACCAUUGGUCUUUCGCCUCUGGAAGCUUCGUCGAACCUGCAACACCGAGAGAAGUCAAGACUCAGAUCCGACCCAUCGUCUUUCAUGGCUUGUCCGACCGAGAGCGUAAAGUCAGGACAGCAUGUGCUUCCGUCGUGUCUACUAUAGCGACCUAUGACUGGCCAGACGAAUGGCAUUCGUUGUUGGGGGACCUGGUUCAACUUUUACAGAGUGGUUCUUCCGACUCAGUACACGGAGCCAUGCAAGUCGUCGAGGAGUUCAGUAGAAAUAUUCUGUCGGCAGAUCAGAUUGUCCCAAUGAUCAAGGAGCUGUUGCCGAUACUCCUUGGCAUUCUACAAGAUCCUUCCAAACAUUCUCCAUCAACGAGAAUGUCCGCUGUGAAAGUAUAUGUGGAGGUGUUGAAGUUGCUCGAGUCUAUUCGGGACGAAAACCCGAGUGCGGCGAGAGAAGCCUUGGGCAUCAUUGGUCAACCUUGGAUCGAAACCUUUAAAACCAUCUUGGGGUCUAAUCUGGCCGAGGGUAUAAAGCUCAACUGGGACAACAUCCGUCUGUAUACUGAAAUCUUUGAUGCUCUGACAUUCCUCUGCGGAAAAUUCCCCAAACUUGUCGCUGCCCAUCUCGUCGAUCUACUCCAACUUUCCCUGUAUGGUCUUUCUCAGUUCUAUCCCACAUUCCACACCUUUCACAUCUCCUCCGCCACAGACGAAGAGCCGCCGUCACCAACCUCCGAUGUCGGUGGAGAAAUUGAUCUUGAAUACUUGCCGAUUUCCAUCCUGGAGCUAUUGGAUCCAAUCAUGAAAACUGGCAAGAUCGAGACGUUUCUCAAGACCGACAGCGGCAAGUCUAUCUUGGUCCAGCUCGUCGAUUCUGCUUUCGAUUACGCCCAGGUGUCUAAGGAAGAUGAGGAGAACUGGAGUGCUGAGCCCAAUAUGUUCGUGGAGGAUGUGGAUGAUGACGCUGGCGAAUGGGGUCUGCGCAUGUCGUGCGAAUCAUUUCUGGGGCUGUUGACCGAUAAAUGGUCUGGAACGGUCUCGCAGCUCCUUGAAAAGGCUACGAAAGAUCGUGUUGAGCAAUCUGUUCACCUUCGGACGCGGAAUGAUCCGGAUUGGUGGAAACCUGUUCAGGCGUCCCUCGCAAUAAUCGGUGGACUCUCAGAUGAUAUCCGAGAACUCAGACAGGGAUCGUUCGAUCUGGCGUAUCUCUUUAAUCAGGUCAUCCCUGGUCUACUACAGCAGAAUGAUGCGCCAUUCUUACAAGGAAGGGCGUUCAUCUUUGCUUCUCAAUUCGCAUCCUCACUACCGCCAGAACUUGCCGGACAAUACCUCGCGGCUGGUGUUGAAGCAAUGGCAUCUGAUAACUUCGCCGUGAAGCUUUCAGCAGUCAAGACGAUCAAAAACUUUUGCCGAUUCUUGCCUGUUGAAACGAUGCACCCUUAUACGGACAAAAUCCUGGCCGUGCUGCAAGUGUUACUUGGCCCAACCAGCGAGGAGACGCUCUACCUUGUCCUCGAGACAAUCAGAUCCGUCAUUGGUCUCACGAAAACCUCUCUCAACGAUGAGACGAUCUUGGUAGUCGUCAAAGCCGUUUAUGCCAAGUGGAUGUCAUGCUCCGAGGAUCCUAUCGUUUUCGCCAUCAUCGAGGAGCUUUACGAAGAUCUCGCCUCUCUCCCCGUCAUCAGCAAGAUUGUCGCCUCCCUCGGCCCUCAAUUAGGAGCCGUCAUCACUCAACCAGAGACUGAAGAUACCCUGCAUCUCCCCAUUGAGGGCAUACAGUUGGCCAGCGCAUUUCUGGCCCGGAACGGACCGAUCGAACCUGAGUACGUAUCGAGCAUGACAGCGGCAAUUCUGGAACGUCUCAAAACUACAGAUGACAAUGAUAUCGUUCAGCACGGCGUUAUCCACCUCACGCUGGUCAUUCGAAAAGACUGUGAAAAACUCGUUCAAUGGCACGAUUCACAGGGUCAGAAUGGCAUCUCGAUAAUCUUUGGCCUUCUUGGACGAUACUUGGCCCCCACAUUCUCUGAAUCUGGUGGCAUUUUUGUCGGAGAACUCAUCAUGCACAUGUUCAGAAAAGCUACGAGCUCGAUCGGACCCGUCUUACCCGAUCUUCUGCGGGUACUCGCAACUCGACUUGCGAGCGCAAAGAUGCCAUCCUUUGUCCAGAGCUUGGUUCUGCCAUUCGCGUAUCUCUUGGGAACGGAGCAUACAGAAUCCACGAUCACGCUGUUAACAUCUUUUGAUGUGCCGACAGAGGCAGGGAACAAAUCUGCACUGCUGAUCGUCCUGGAAGCUUGGUGUGAUAUCUGCGAGACGAUCUCUGGAUCUUGGAACAUUCGCGUCAGCUCAAUGGGCAUGAGCAAAUUGUUCAUGAUGACCGAUCAGAGACUGCGGGAUGUCACCGUCAAGGGCGACCUGAUUAUCACGGAGCGGAAUGUAAAUACCAUCAUGACUCGCUCCAAAACCAAGAUCGAUGCCAACGAAUACACAUCGAUACCCUUUCCACUUAAAGCCUUCAAAUUGAUACUCAAGGACGUCCAGGUGAUAGGUCCGAAAGGCAAGGGGGAAGACGUCGCGGCUAUUGAGGAAGAUGACGGGGUGAUUUUUUGGGGGGAUCUGUCCACUUCAUAUAACAAGCUGACCUUUGAGCAGGAUGAAGAUUGGGAUGAUGACGAUUUGUUGGGUGGCAAUGAGCCACAGAAGGACGAAUUCGAGUAUCUGUCUUCUUGGCUGGAUGACAACGGUCAUCGAGAUGAUGCACAGGACGACGACGAGGAUCUCCGGAGCGAUCCUCUUGCUCAGAUCGACAUGGGUGAACACCUCACCUCAGUGCUGAGACAGACCUACGCGACCAACUCAAAUGGGACGCACGAGAUGAUAGAAGGCUUGAGCGACAUAGAGAAGGGAAUCUUGCGAGGUGUCCUGACUGUCUGAAGGGCGUCACUUGGAGCUGUAGGAGGGGAUCUCAUUAUAUAGUGUCAUACAUCAUCAUCAUCAUCAUCAUCAUUAUCAUGAUCAUCGAGCUAGCACAACCGAUUGCCCGAUCAUUCAUCAGGUAUAUCCGCUGGUU